CUGCUCCACUGACUCAGGAAUGGCUGUCGUCGACAAAUACUGCAAUGUCGUGGAAUGCGACUUUACCGGUACUACAGAAAAUCUUCGCAGCUGCCGACCAAUCCCUCUUGACGCAGCAGAUGGAGAUGCGGAAGUGGUCGCUGCGCAAGAAUGGAUAUAUGGCUUGCCAAGAGGCGGCCUUGACAGCUUCUUGCACUCUCGUGCGAACUGCCUCGUGUUUCGCACAGACAUCAUGAGUAUGUACUGCCGAGGAGAGUUCAUCUUAGCACCAACAUUUGGAACCUACCUCAAGACUAUGGCUUUCAUUGAGCACGCGGGAAUUAAGAAUCGUGUAGAGAAUGAUGUCUCUCCGCGACGGCCCUUGACGGCUCUUCCUUCUCACCACGGGCGAUAUCGAUACGUCUUCAUACCAGUCACUGACGCCGCACGUGCAUUGCAGCAAGAACUCGAACUGCCUCUGCAAACGGAGGAAGACCUGAACCACGGGAAACAUCCAAGGUCUGGGAGGCCAUGCACGAAGGGUUCUGACCAGUUUGCUGUGGUCGAGUGUCAUGCUCAUCCGUACUCCGUCUCCGUCUUCGCGCACAAGAUGCUAAAGAUCCAUUGCACGCCUCUCACCGGGCAAUGGUUCGGCCUCUGCGGCGAUAUCAUAUACACAUGGCUCCAUUCUAGGGUCGAGCCUCCCAAGUGGUUCAUCGAUAGCCCAAAGAUCGCGCUCGUCGAUAUCGAGCUCACCCCGAGCGAGGCCAGCGGCUAUGAACUGCUGUCUGCGCAGGGCGGGAGGCCCGAGCCGCUUGCCGUCCUGGGUAACACCGACCUCCCAGAGACCGACUACCGCAAGGUCGUCGCCGACUGGACCUACAACAAGGUCGUCUACGGGCAUCCGCCGCCCGCGGAGAAGCCCAUCCGCUACGACUACAAGAUGCGGCGCUCGACGCGGUUGCACAAGUGCCCCUACGACCGUGAUGGCCCACCGCCGUCGCCCAUCCGCAAUGGGCCGCGUGCGCUCCUCACCUGCCGGCGCAACUUCGAGCUGAAUCCUCCGUCGUGGUCGGAGCGGAAUGGUCGGUUCCCGACCCAUACGUUCACGAGCAACGACUGGGCGUACUUCGAGUACGGUGUUCAUCUACCGGGUUCGUCAAAGACAUAGCCGUUCCCAUCCGAUAUCCGGCCCUGAUCUUGGCGACUCUCCCUCCUCUGGUCGCUUCUCUGCGUCACUGCACGACGCUCAUGCCACGGUCGCAACCGAUCGCCGCAUACUGUGCGAAAUUGCCCUCGCGCUGUCUGCAGCUGCCAUCGAGUGCUCGCCUCUGCGGCUCACAAGUAGAGCCGCUGAGCGCCGC